AUGGCUCCCAUCCCUUUCAUAGGGCGGCUAAACCCAGCCGAGUACUUGGCCCUUGUUUUGUCCUUUUUCCUUGUUGGCGCCGAGGCCAUAAUUAGAAUCCUCACUCUUGCUUUGCAUGUCUCAAGCUCCAUCCGUGAUGCUUCGGAUUUCGUCGACAUUUGUGCCUUGUUUGGCUACUAUGCCGAAGAGCACGUUGUCCAAACUGGUGAUGGGUAUCUCCUAGGCCUUCAUCGUCUCGCAUGGCGCCGAGGAGAAGAAGAGCUGAAAGUGAACCAUGGCCGAAACAGCCUGAAGAAAAAUGUCAUCUACAUGCAUCAUGGUCUACUCAUGAAUAGCGAGGUAUGGGUAUGUCUCACAGAUGAGCAGAGAUGUUUACCUUUCAAGCUCGUAGAAGCUGGAUACGAUGUUUGGCUUGGCAACAAUCGUGGAAAUAAAUAUUCCAAGAAAUCGGUUCAUCAUUCGCCCACCGAUAUACCGUUCUGGAAUUUCUCAAUGGAUGAUUUUGCAUUCCAUGAUAUCCCAAACAGCAUUGGGUACAUAUUGGACACUACCUCAGCGCCAUCGCUAUCAUACAUUGGUUUCUCUCAGGGAACAGCCCAAGCUUUCGCAGCCUUGGCCGUUCAUCCCAAACUCAACGACCAGGUCAAUGUUUUCAUCGCGCUUGCACCAGCUAUGUCACCCGCGGGUCUCUCUAAUGGUAUAGUUGACGCCCUAAUCAAAGCCUCACCACAAGUUCUCUUCCUCCUCUUCGGGCGUCGCUCAAUUCUUAGCUCAGCGACGAUGUGGCAAUCCAUCCUCUACCCACCCAUCUUUGUCCGCACCAUCGACAUGGGUCUUUCCUUUCUAUUUGGCUGGAAUGCUCGCAACAUAUCCACCAGCCAAAAGCUAGCCGCCUACCCGCAUCUUUACUCCUUCACUAGCACCAAGUCCGUCGUGCACUGGUUCCAAAUCAUCCGCAACAAGUCCUUUCAAAUGUACGACGACGACGUCCAGCAAGCCCUUUCCCUCGGAAGUGUAAGCAAGUACACAAAAGUCGCCAAAUUCCCGACCCGCAACAUAAAAACGCCAAUUGUACUCGUGUACGGCGGCAGCGACUCUCUCGUGGAUAUCGACGUCAUGAUGAAGGAACUCCCCGCACACACCAUCGCCACAGAAAUUCCGCACUAUGAACACUUAGAUUUCCUCUGGGCUCGAGACGUAGAGUCUCUCGUCUUUCCUCAUGUAUUCGACGCCCUGAAUUCGUUCGUCGACGCUGAACAUUCCAAGGAAGAAUACGACCGGUACCGUAGUGCGCGCCAUGCUUCUCUCGGUGCGAGAGCGAAUAGACCGGCGUUGCUAUCUAAUCCUUAUACAAGUGAAGAUGAGAGCGGUCAGACGUAUGCCGAUGCAGCAAGUAUAGAGCCGGGAGAAGAUGCCGAUGCAUUGGGUACAACGAGGGAUGUGCUGCACUCCGAUCCAUAUUUUCCAAGUCAAGGGGCAAGGAAGAGGGUGAAGAUGCAGCAAGAUUAUGAAGAUUCUUCUGCAGAAUCAUCGCCAGUUGAUCCGAGGCAUGUCAAAACUGCUAUAGAUGAAGGAAAUGUGUACAAAAAUGGAAAUCUUUCGAGCAAGUUAAAGCAUGCAAGGAGGGGUAGUGAUGGAAGCACUCUUAGUUUCGGCGGCGAUGGCACAAGGGGCAUCAGUCUCGGAGCUGCAAGAGCGGUUAGUAGUGUGUCAAAAGGCGAGACGGUUGGGAAAAUCACUAGUUCGGAUGAAGGUUCUAUCGGGAAGAAGAAAGGGAAGGGCAGGAGGUAG